AUGGCGUCCCUCUGCCCCACCGGCCGGCUAUCGAUUUGUAUGGCCGUGGUUACCUUCACGCUGCUGGCAACGGGCGCACAAUCAAAAUUGUUGCUGAAUGGUACCGACUGUACCAUCCGUGAACCGCUGUACAACGUGACGUUUGACUUCAAUGCUCUCAGCUCGGACCUGAAUCACCACGUAACGUCCGAAGAGUAUGGCGAGCGUUUCUUCUUCAACGUCUGCGAUAAGGAUGCGCCGGCGAAGGAUAACCGAACCGAGCCACGGGCAUAUCUGGUGCGCGCCGGUAAAAAAAUAACGCUUGGGUACGAGGCACACCUUCAGCUGGACAAUGGACGGAUGCAGUUUUCGUUCCUGGGCGAACCGUGCGGUAACGGUGGCCACUACACGCUGGAUAUAAUUUUGCUUUGCAGUUACGAACGUACGCCGGCUGCUUUGCGGGUGAUUCCGCACACGCCGGACCAGUGUCGGUACUACAUUUUCUGGGAUACACCGCUCGCCUGUCAACCGCUGCCGACCGCACUCGUGGCCAAUCGAUGCACGGUACGGGACGGUACCAAUCGGCAUCUGUACAAUCUGUUACCGUUGGGUGGCGCCAAUCAUGAGGUGCCGCUGCCGGAUGGUACUCGCUUUGUGGUGUCCGUCUGCAAGCCGGUACGCUAUGGACAUCUGACGAUGUGUCCUCCAGGGGUUGGCGUAUGUUUGGUGAAUGGUACCAGUUACCAAGACUACGGUCAAGCUGUACCGGAUCCGAAAAUCGACGCAUCGGGACGGCUGGUGAUGGAGAUGCGUUCGAAGUCGGGAUCAUGUCAAAAUUCGCGUAUUUUGUUCGAGUGCGGCAAAGAGGAGGGUAUAGAAACGGGACCAAUUUACCGUGGUCGGCAGGAUACUUGUACGCAUGAGUUUGUUUGGCGCACGUCGCUCGCCUGCCGGGACACGCGACCCUGCACAGUUAGCAAUCCGAUCACCGGGACACAGUACGAUUUGAGUCUGCUCGCUAACCGUACCUACACGCUAACUUCGCGUGACAAUCGUACUUAUGAAGUGGGUGUGUGCCGGAUACCGGCAUCUAGUCACUGUCCGCUAGAUGCGGGUGCAUGCGAAGUGUCCGCCAAGCAGUCCGUCGGUCUCGGGGUCAUAUCGGAUGAGCUGCAAUAUGAAACGACCGGCGCUCCGUACUUACUGUACCGUUCUGGAGCUGUCUGUGACGCGACUAGUGGACGUCGGUGGGAAACGCGGCUGGAGUUUAUUUGCGAAACGGACCCGGUGGAAGGUGGCCGCACCGGUACGGUUGUGCCGCCGAUCGUAGUUGAAAAUGGCGAAUGUCAGCUGGUGGUACAUUUCGAGACGGUGCUUGUCUGCGAACCGUCUCUAAUGGCAUGCGGAGCUUACAACGAAUCGACCAUCGACCAGUACGUGGACCUGUCGCCACUGAUGGACUCGGCGCGGAAUUACGAAGCACGCACUAGCGGUACGCACCAAGACAGGCGCUAUUUUCUUAACGUGUGCCGACCGUUAGUACCUCAGUACGGGUUAAGCUGUCGGGGCGGUGCGGCAGCAUGUGAAGCUAGCUUUGACGGUGUAACGGCACGCAACGAAACGACACUCGGCUUUCCGGAUGUAUCACUGGUCGUGGCGGGUGAUACCGUACUGAUGAAGUAUCUGCGGGGUGACCCGUGUCCGCAGGAUCCGGUCACAAACCUGUCCACCACCGUGACAUUCCACUGUCUGGCAACGGCCGGUCGGGGUGCACCGGUUUUGGUUGAGAUCGAGCACGGUUGUCACUAUCGGUUCGAUUGGGCUACCGCAGUUAUCUGCCCACCCGAGCGGUCCGUACCAUUCGAGUCGAGCAACUGUAGCUUCCACAAUCCUGCCACAGCCAGCUGGCUGGCGGUUGAUAGCGUACUUAUUGAGCUGUCACUAUGCGACAAACAACCCGAUGCCUUCGUUGAUUAUCACACCGGAGCGCUUAUCAUCCACUACACCGAGAAGGAUUCGAAAAAUUGCAGCAGUGUGAACGGUAAGCAGUAG